AUGGCAGCGUCAUUAAGAGGCUGGCAUGUCCGCCUGCCGAAACCCAGGACGUUCCUGGGCAUCAUGUCCCUCCAGACCGGCACGGAGAUGAUCGCGCUCUCGAUGCUCAUCAACAAGGUCACCGGCAUCUACGGCCUGCUCGUCAUCUUCACGGGCUACGCCCUCUCCGCCACCCAGCUCACCAUGUACAUGUGCAACGUCGUCGCCCUCGUCCUCCUCGCGCUCUGCCUGCCGCACGUCAAGAAGCAGACGCCCCUGCACAACCUGGGCCUGGCCUGGCUCUACCUGCUCGACACGGCCAUCAACACGGCCUACACCACCGCCUUCGCCGUGACCUGGUUCAUGGCCUCCGGGGCGGCGGCGAACGCGGAACCGCCAUCAUCGGCGCUGCGGCAGGAGGACGGAGGAGGAGGCGAUGCUAUCAGCGGCAGCAACGGUAAUCCGGCGGCGGACGGGCACUCCCCCGCGGACGGCGAGUGGAUGGGCGCGCACGAGGCGGCGGCCAGCCUGGUCUUCAUCGCCCUCUUCACGACCAUCCGGCUCUACUUCGCGGCCGUGGUCAUGGCGCACGCGCGGCGCGUGCUGAUGCGCUGGGCCGAGACGCAGGGCGUGGCCGGCGGCGGCAGGAGCGGCGCCGAGGAGAGCAAGGGCGACCUCACCGGCAGCCCCUUCGCGCCGGACCUGCCCGGCGGGCAGGGGUGGCGGGGCAAGCUGGGCCGGGCGAUGGUCUACGUGGGCAGGGACUUCUGGCUCGGUGCUUCGUCGUCGGGGGCCGACGAUACCUGGGCGCGGGACGUCAACGCCAAGUUCCGGCGAGCGCCUGUGUCUGGCGGCGGCGGGUCGAGCAGCUCCGCGGUAUGA